CUGGAGGCUUCGCAAACUUUCCAGCUUCCCUGCCCUUGCGUCACGGAAAAGGCUGAAGCGGCACGGAGCGGCCCGCGGGGAGCGGCACGGAGCGGCCCAGGGCUUUUGCCAGCGCCACCACUUGCCAUCGCGCCGGAGACGCAGCUCGGCGGGCAAGGCGGCCAGGCCGACCCUGGGCUUUUCUUUUUAAAGCCCUUGAGAAGAAAGCUCCAGUGGGUGAGGGGCGUCCGGCCUCCUGCUGAUCAGGAUCCUUGGUUUUUUGGUUUAUGUGAGUUCAAGCCGAGACGGUGGACGGCGCGGGCACCAAAGUCAAAGCUGUGUGGACAUGAGGGGUUUGCGGAUGUGGAUGUGUCUGACGGAGGCUUAUGUCACCUAAAUGGAGGGGCAGAGCAUGUCUGUGCACCCCAGGAAUGUCAUUUGGGACCAAGGAACUGAGUCCUCAAGAUUCACUGGCAUUUUUAGACCUUGAAAGUUACAUCUUAGACUAUAUAUUUUUACUGCAUGGUUAAAUCAACUUGGCCCUUUCCCACAGCUUGGGACCAGGUUUUAAGCCAUAAAGAGAGUGUGUGCGGUGCCCUCCUCUGCCAGGAGCUGUUUAAAUACCUGAGCGAUUAUCUGCCUGUUCUCAAGGGCUGAGUUGCGCAGUCCUGCAGGAAACAGCCAUGGCGCUGAAAGCCCGAGCACUUUACAACUUCCAGAGUGAAAACAAAGAGGAGAUCAGCAUCCAAGAGAACGAGGAGCUGGUGAUCUUCAGUGAAAACUCCCUGGACGGGUGGCUGCAGGGCAAGAACAGCCGAGGGGAGACUGGCCUCUUUCCUGCCUCUUACGUGGAGAUCCUGCGGUCCAGGUCGAGCUCCAGUUAUACAGACUAUUCAAACAGCCCAGCUGGCUCUCCUGGACAUGACUCCUCCUUCUACAUGCAUCGUCCCAACGCCAGCAUCUCCAACCAGGGCAGCUUUGAGGACGACGACGACGAUGAUUGGGAUGACUGGGACGAUGGCUGCACGGUGGUGGAGGAGCCCAGAAGUGGCCCUGGCACCAACGGGCAUCCCUCCCCUCACCUGCAGUACCCUGCGGUGUACCCCAGCCAGAAUGCUGGCUAUCGACCCAAGCCUGCUCUAGAGAGACAGGACAGCAUAAGCUCCUCCAAGAGGGGCAGCGUGGUAGGGCGGAACCUCAACCGCUUCUCUUGUUUUGUCCGCUCGGGGGUGGAGGCCUUUAUCCUGGGGGAUGUGCCCCUUAUGUCCAAGAUUGCUGAGGCUUAUUAUAUUGAGAUGGGGUCCAAGGGCCCCCAAUGGAGGGCCAAUCCACACCCUUUCAUCUGCUCUGUGGAGGACCCAACCAAGCAGACCAAAUUCAAGGGCAUCAAGAGCUACAUCUCCUAUAAGCUGACUCCCAGCAACAUCACCUCCCCAGUCUACCGGCGGUACAAGCACUUUGACUGGCUGUACAACCGCCUACUGCACAAGUUCACGGUGAUCUCGGUGCCCCACUUGCCAGAGAAGCAGGCCACCGGGCGCUUUGAGGAGGACUUCAUUGAGAAGCGCAAGCGGAGGCUGAUCUUGUGGAUGGACCACAUGACCAGCCACCCAGUCCUCUCCCAGUAUGAGGGCUUCCAGCACUUCCUCACCUGCCGUGAUGACAAGCAAUGGAAGCUGGGGAAGCGGCGGGCGGAGAAGGAUGAGAUGGUCGGGGCCAGCUUCCUGCUGACUCUUCAGAUCCCCACGGAGCACCAGGACCUGCAGGAUGUUGAGGACCGUGUGGACUCGUUCAAGGCCUUCAGCAAGAAAAUGGAUGACAGUGUCCUGCAGCUGACCAAUGUGGCCUCCGAGCUGGUCCGCAAGCAUUUGGGAGGCUUCAGGAAGGAAUUCCAGAAGCUGGGCAACGCUUUCCAAGCCAUCAGCCACUCCUUCCAGAUGGACCCACCCUAUAGCUCGGAUGCCCUCAACAAUGCCAUCUCCCACACAGGCAAGACAUACGAGACUGUAGGGGAGAUGUUUGCUGAGCAGCCCAAGAAUGACCUUUUCCUCAUGCUGGACACUCUCUCCUUAUACCAGGGGCUACUUUCCAACUUUCCGGACAUUAUUCACCUCCAAAAAGGAGCCUUUGCAAAGGUGAAAGAGAGUCAGCGGAUGAGUGAUGAGGGGAAAAUGGAUCAGGACGAGGCAGAUGGGAUUCGGAAACGUUGCCGCGUGGUCGGCUUCUCCCUGCAGGCUGAAAUGAACCACUUUCAUGAGCGACGCAUGGCAGACUUCAAGAGAAUGAUGCAGUCCUACCUAAAACAGCAAAUCAUCUUCUACCAGAGGGUCAGCCAGCAGCUGGAAAGGACUUUACUCAUGUAUGACAACCUCUAAUGCCUUCUGACUUGAUGCAUGGACUUAUUCCUCUUCAUCUGAACUCAUAUGGUUUUGUCUUUGGAACCUCCCAGACCUCUGUUUGAGGUGAACUGAGAAUUAAUGGAAACUCAUAACGCUAGUGACCAAAAUCCAUUUGGCUUUCCUCCAUCUUCCUGGAGCUCAGGUGCUGCAGGGAAUGUGUUACAUUCAUGUCUUCCAACUGACUCAUGUCCGACUGACUCAUGUCAUACUGCUACCUUCCCUGAUAGCUGGACCCCUCCACUGAUCCUGUCUCUGAGAGACUGUGGAGAAGACGUGGGUAUCUUUCAUAAGGGAACAGACAUUGAAUUUGUGGUGCUGGUAUCUCUGGUUUUGCAGUAAGUUGUAGCUUUUGGAAACAUGUUCCACUAGAGUAGGGAGGUUGAUACAUUACAGUCUAGAGGGAAAAUAAGUAGAGUUGGUCAAAAAUUUGCACACCAAAAACUUUUCUGAUGGAAAAAAUGGCCUUUAUUUGAAAUUUUUUUGUGGCAAUUUUUCCAUUUUCAACAACAUUUUUACCAAUUAGUUUUUAAUAGAAAUGUUGAUGGAAAUCAUGUUCCAAAUCUUUAUCGGAUGUGUCUGUUUACCGAAAAUGUUCCAUAGUGUUUGCAAUAAAAAUUUCAACAUAGAAAUUUCACCUUUUGUGGAAAAUGAGUCCAAGGGAAAGAAAUCACAUUAGGCACAUCCUUGCACAAAUCUAGUUCCAGUUUUGGCCAGCUCUAGAAAAAAAUGUAGUGUUCACUUGACUGCUGAGGUUCCAAGUUAUCCUAAGAAGAUCCAUGUGAGUUGUACCUUGUUUGACAUAUGGUCAUUUUCACUCUUGGACCAGAAUGAUAAUCCUGGCCAUUCUUGCCCUCAGAAAAAAAAGAAACAUAUAGUAAAUACACGAGAAAGGAUCAUUCUCCCUCUAACAUGAGGGAGCCCAUAGAGUUCUCUCGGGGUUGUUUCCCCCUACUCAGUCUAAAACAAAACAGGAAGAGAUAGAUACCGGUGAGGGGCUACACGUGAUAAAAAGAGCAUCCAGUUCUAAGCCUCUUAACCCUAAGCCCUCCCAUUCCAGGUACCCUCAACUUGCUGCUUAUUUCAUGCUGACUUUCCUCUGACUUGGCUUCAGUGGAGUUGCUCUUAUCUUGGGCAACAAUCUGGUCCACUGUCACAUUGCAUUGCUGCAGCUAAGCUUUUUCUUUUUUUACUUAAUUGAAAGAACAAAAAGGAAAAUUCCCUACCAGUCUCAGUAAGAGGGUCUGGGCUAGAUUCUGCCCUGGAUUGCAUGGAUAUAGAUCUGGAGUAAUUUCUCAGUAGUCAUUAGAUUUACACUGGCAUGACUGUGAGAUGAAUAGAGCCCUGUUGUCCCUUCUGCUUCUACACCUUCCUAUGCUUUUCAGCUCUAGCCAGAGUUGCUUUCCCCACUAUCCCUGCAAGGAUGAAGCUGCUCAAAGUCAUGUUGGCCAUGACACUGUCUUGGCUGUUUCUCCCCCACUUUCUGCUCAUCUCUCAUGUAGCACCAGCAUUUAAGACAUGCACUUAGGAUACCAGAAUGGUUAACACUUGGUUGUAUGAAACACACCAAUCUCUGCUGGUUGUAUAGAAGAACUUGUAUAGCUCAUUCUCCUCUUUCUUCCAGAGGGCUGAUGUACUCUUGACAGAAGACUAGUCCUGGUAGCUUCUCACUUGCUGCAGGUUUCACUCUUGCCCCCAGCAACAACUAAUGCUGAUGAGUGCUUGAGGGACCAAGAUGUUCAAAUUCUUUGGCACCAAGGGCUGCGUUGGGAAAUUGCCCGGGCCCGUAAGCUGGGUCUUCAUCUAUUUUUCCAUACACUCUCUCUGUGCUGAUAAUAAAUACAGACUGUUCAGCUUUCCCAAAACCUUCCUUAAGAGAGAAACACAAGCUCCUUGUUGGUUGAGCUCACCCACACUUGGCUUAGGCAGUUCUGUCCUGUUCCUGCCUUUGCAAUGAGAGGGCUCCCUCUUUUUCAGACUUCAACACCAUUUUAGGCCUCAGACUGUAGUUCCUGGACAAUCCUGGUUUAUCAUUGGCUGCUUCUUCAAGUCACCGAGUUUGUCACUUAGGCAAUAAAAGCUGCAUUUUCAGAA